AUGUUGUGUCUCCCCGCCUACAACAACUUAUCGGACAACCACAGCCUUCCUCUCGAGAGCAGCUCCACGUCCCUGUUCCACAGCACCUCAGCCAGGGUCUGCAUUACCUUCCUCCUCCUCCCCAUCCCCAUCUUCGCCGUCCUCGGCAACCUCCUCAUCGCCGUUUCCGUGGUGUGCUUCCGGAAGCUCAGGACUCCCACCAACGCCUUCAUGGUCUCCCUGGCCAUGGCGGACUUUCUGGUCGCCGUGCUGGUGAUGCCGUUCAGCCUGGCGCGCUCCGUGGACCACUGGCAUUUCGGCAGGACGUUCUGCACCGCCCACUUCCUGUUGGACGUGACGCUGUGCACGUCGUCCAUCUUCAACCUGAGCUGCGUGGCGUUGGAUCGUUACCUGGCGGUGUGCGACCCGCUGCACUACCCCGCCCGCAUGGCGCGCCGACGGGUGAUCCUGCUGCUGCUCCUCAGCUGGAUUCUUCCUCUCCUCAUCUCCUCGCUCUGCGUCUUCCUGGGCAUGUACUCCGGCCCUGCAGGCCCAGGCUGGUACUGCGGUCUCCAUGAACACAAGCGCCGGCAGUUCUGCCUGGCCGCCUUCUACACCCCCUAUGCCGUCACCUCCUCUACCCUUUCCUUCUUCAUCCCCGUCGGAUUCAUGAUCUUCGCAUACGGGAGGAUCUUCCUGGCUGCCAAGCGCCAGGCGAGUUGGAUCCACGCCAUGGAGCACAAGGCUGGGCAGCUCCAUGACUCAAGACCCAGGCAUGGCCAUCAGAACUCCAUGAGAAAGGCAAGGAAGGCAGCCCAGAUGCUGGGUCUGAUAAUGGGGGUCUUCCUGCUCUGUUGGCUCCCAUUCUUCACGGUCAACAUGGUUCACCCUCUGUGGGGCUACAGCGUCAGCCCAGUCCUCCUGGAGGCUUUCCUGUGGCUGGGCUACGCCAACUCCUCCCUCAACCCCUUCCUCUACGCCUCCUUCAACAGACAGUUCCGAUGCGCCUUCACCUCCAUCUUGGGGAGUGCCAUGCCGGGAAGGAAGUUGGGGGCGUGUCUGGAAUCCUUGCGCAAUGGCAGGGAAGCUCAGGCAACCGUUGACCCUGCGACCAUCUCAAAUUGA